AUGUCUAGGCACAACUAUACGAAUCCGGCGUUCUGCCAGAAUAGCGAAUUCUAUCCGGUGGCUCCCAGCAGUUGCGUUGAAUCAAUUUACAAUCGCAGCCUGCAGCUUAACUUUAAUGCAGUGUCUCGCUCCGGUCAGGUACCGGUCGCACCCUGUCGCGACCCGCGCGAGGGGCCGCUGCGCAUGCAGCGUAGCAUGUCGACGCGAUCGGUGACGCGUAAACAGUACCAGCAGCAACAGAAACAGCAGCAGCAACAACCACAGCAAAGGCAGCAGCAGCAGCAACAGCAGCAACAACAGCAACAGCAGCAGGAGCAACAGUCAUCCAGUGGCCGCUAUGCCUUGGUGCCGUUGGAAGAUCUAGGCGCCGUGGCCAGUCGCUAUGCCAUUGUGCCCGGUCAGGCAGCCCAGCGCUUGGCGCGUUCGCAGGAUAAUCUGGAUCGGUAUAGCUCGCGGCAUGGCCUGCAGUCGGACGAGGAGCCGCACUCCUUUCACGAGGAGCCACAUCAGCAGCAGGAGACGCAGUUCGCCAGCUUGCCGCCCACGUUGAGUGCGCUGCCGCCUAAGCCUGCUCCCAAGAUCAAGCAUGCCUUCUCCAGCGACUUUGGCAGCAAGACCUUUCUGAUUGUGGACAAGAACAGCAACCAGCGCUACCAGAUGGUGCCCACAGCGGAGGAUGAGGAGCUCGUGGACGAAAACCAGGAAAUCAUACAGAUGCACAAUGGACGCGCACAUCGCUAUGCGGUCAUACCGACGGAAGCAGACGACGACUACUUGGCGGAGGACUCGGCGCAAGCGCAGCAGGAGACCUGCCUGAGCAACACAGAGCUGAAUCAACCAUACAGCAUGCGUACAUCGACCCCGCAGCAGCGCAAUGCGGCAGCUGCCACGCGAGCGUUGCACGAGCUACUUACCACACCCCGCAAAAUGCAACCACCACCGCGCCUGGCCCAUUCCACGCCGCGCAACGCAGCCCACCACGAGCAGCUGCAGCGCGAGCGUCAGCUACAGCUCUACCAGAGUCAGCAGCACAUCAGCCUGCACCAGCAGGCCACCACCGUCUCAGUUGCGCCUUCGCCAGCGCUGCCGCUGCGCCAGCAGCGACUGUCGCCGCAGCGACUGCACUAUGAGACCGUGAAGCCGGCACCAGCGGCCGUUCAGCAGCCGCUGGCCAGUGAUCGCACCAUGGCGGUGAUUAGUCCGCGCGUGCAGGGCCAGGAGCAGGAUUUGAGCAGCCUGCACGGCAAGUCGCAUGUCAACAACAACUCGUAUCCGCAGAAGCUGGCCAAUGCCACCAUUACGCUCGCCAUUGUCUCUCUGAUGCUUGUGCUGGGCAGCACCAUGAAUGCCGGCCUCAUCAUUUACAUGAUAGCCCACUUCGGCAAGUCCUUCUACCUGCAGUUUGGACUGGUCGCCUCCUUUUGCGGCAUGGGGCUCGGCUUUCUUGGUUUUCGGUCGCGGCAAUGCGAGUGGCUGCCCAAUCGCAGCUACACCUCCGGCUACAUCUUGGUCACCAUCUUCUGCCUGUUCAAGUGCUGCGGUCUGCUGCUCAUCCUUGUGCUGGAUCCCUUUCCGGGCUUGCCGCUUCACGAUGUCACCACGGGUGUCAUUCUGGGCUUGUCCACCUUCACCAUGUUCUUUAUUGGCCUGGGCGUCAUUGGCAGCCUCUGGUGCUAUCGCCCGCCGCCAGACAACCGCGUCAAUGUGGCCUAGUAGCUGUUCUGAUAGUCUUAGCCUAGCACGUAAUUAGUCGUAGUCUUAGUUUCUCUCUUCUUUUUAGCGAGCGGCACCCGCAACGGCUAGGAGACCAAAAAACUAUUCGUAAUUGGAGACGUGUACGAAAUUCCUGCACUGAAUCUUGUUUUCAAGACUGUAAAUAUCGAGACUUGGGGCACACCUUGAGACACAUGGGUUGUAAUUAGUUGUAAGACAUCAAGCUUAGUGUUAAGAAACUUUAAAUUAUUUUAUAUAUUAUUGUUCCACAUUUGCUUAAGACUCCCACAUACAAUAAACUUAU